AACACAAUUAUAAAAAAAUAUAGUGUGCGUUCAGAUUUCUUCUUUUAAACCAAUAACACCAUAAACAUUAUUUAAAUCUUGUUCAAACGUGAUCAGGUUCUGAAUUAAGUAAUGAUACUGAUUUACUGCUACACAAUUCACCCAGUUUUUUUCCAAAAAAAAAUUUAGUUGAUAAUUUUUGAUGUGAAUUUUUUGUAAUAAUUACUAUUUUCAUGGAAAUAUUUGAAUGUUCCAAACAGACAUUGGGGUUGGGGUCGGGCCAAAAUGUCAAAGUUGUCAAUGAAACAAAACAUUGGAUUUAUCAUGAUUUAUGAUAAUUUCCCGUUUUUAAUCCCAUAUUUUGUUUAAGCAUAUGAAUUAAACCUCGUAAUCUUCUUCAGGCGUUGUAGAAUUCUAUAGCGUUGCGGUUUUUCUUCGUGAUGACUGCUUGUAGAAGAGUGUUACUCCUAUUUUUUAUUUGUUGUAUUUUGUGACAAAAUGAUUCGCACAUACAAACGGAAGCCGCUGGAGUGCCGGUAUAUCGAGGGCGUGAUGGGGCUCUGCCGGCUGUGCCUGGGCGCCGCGGAGUCGGCCGUGCCCAUAUUCACUGAAGACCCUGGUAACAUCUGCUCCACACUGGCUAUGAGGAUCAUGAUCUGUGUUGGUUUGGAUGUAAAACGCGAUGACGACCUCCCAAACCUGGUCUGCGUAACUUGCUACAAAGAUCUGGAACACUAUUACGCUUUCCGUAAGAAAUGUGAGCUGUCCUAUCACAGACUGAAGUCACAUCUCCAAGCGUCUCGGAACCGGCAACCGAUUGAAUCUAUUACAGACAACGAAGAGAUAUUAAAGGAGAUGAUCAAUCAGGACGAGAAUAUGAACAUCAAUGAGUUCGGGUUGGAGGUUGAGGAUGGGUCUGAUGAGAUGGUGAAACCAGAGUUUGUGAUAACUGAUGUGCAACCAGAAGAUGCUGUUCAAGAAAAUACAGAAGUUCCUCAGGAAGAACAACACGUGAUGCAACCAAAUGAGCUGAACACACUAAUAAAAUCAGUGCUCAUGAAGCUAGGCAUCCUGUCUGAGCGGGAUGAUCAGCUCACCGUGCUCAGGUCUGAUGUCUCCAGGUUGCAGCUAGAGGCGGAAGAUGGAACGGUAGUCAGGAUGGAACUAGUUGAAGAGGAAGAUGAGUUGGACACAGAUUCAAAACAGGAUUAUCUAAUAGAAGUAUCUGAAGCUCCUGACCCUGAGCCUCCGGCAGUGAAGACAGUUUUCCAGCGGCAGGCCAAGCUCAUCGAACCCACACCUAGCAUUGUUGAAGCGAAGAGAAAGACUGGAAAGGUCCACACGAAUAUCGGCGCGAUGGGGUGUGGGACCUGCGGGCGCGUGCUGGCGUCCCGCUCGGCGCUGCUCCGCCACGCGCGCACGCACUCGGGCGAGCGGCCCUUCGCCUGUCCGCGCUGCCGCCGCUGCUUCGCGCAGAAGGAGGUCAUGCACCGUCACAUGCUGGUCCAUGAAGCGGUGCGUCCACACAAGUGCUCGACUUGCAACAAGAGCUUCACACAGCGCAACGCUUUACAUCUACACGAGCGCUCGCACCUCCCGCCACACGAGAGGGCGCUAGCGCUGCACAGCUGUCCCCACUGUCCCAAGUUAUUUCUAUACUCUUCAGGUCUAUCCCGUCACAUGAUGACCCACUCAGGCCGCGUGUACGUGUGCGGCGCGUGCCGGCGCCAGUUCGCCGACAAGAGCUCCGUGCUCCGCCACCACCGCGCGCGCCACGCGCACCUGGCCGAGCCCGGCCAACCCGAGUGCGUAGACAACGAGGACGCGACGAACGAAGAGAAUACGUAGCCAGAGUAGUACAAUUGAGACAGGUUUGUGUAUUAGGACUAUUAGGAAACCCGACGACGACGGAAGAAACCCGACGGUAUAGAAACAGAACUCAGUGGAGAUGAAAAGUGAAAAUACUUGCCGACAACAAUUCUGUGCUGCGCCACCACUACACGCGCACGUGGCCGAGCCCGGCCAACCCGAGUGCGUAGACGAGGACGCGACGAACGAAGAUAAUACGUAGCUAGAGUAGUAACGAAUGUGUUGUGACAGGUAGGAAGAGUUGUUAAGAAACCCGACGGUGUAGAAACUUAGAACUCUGUGGAAAUGAAAAGGGGAAAUACUUGACGGGUAGAGUUCCGUGCUCCGUCAACACAGAGCGCGCCACGCGCACCUGGCCGCGCCCGACCAACCCGACUGCGUACACAACGAGGACGCGACUAACGAAGAGAAUACAUAACCAGAGUAGUACAAUUGUGACAGGUUUGUUUAUUAGGACUAUUAGGAAACCCGACGACGACGGUAUAGAAACUGUAAAGUGUAAACGCGCUCAUUGAAGACUAAAAUACAUGUAGUAACGUAACCCGACCAACCCGAGUGCGUAGACAAUGAGGACGCGACUAACGAAGAGAAUACGCAGGUAGAGUAGUAACGGAUAUGUUGUGACAGGUAGGUUUAAGAAACCCGAUGGUGUAGAAAUUUAUUACACGCCCACUGAAGAUGGAAAAUACAUAGUGGAAAUAAUUAUUUUGUAAGAAACCCGACGGUAUAGAAACAGAACGCGCGCGUGGCCGAGCCCGACCAACCCGAGUGCGUAGACAACGAGGACGCGACUAACGAAGAGAAUACAUAACCAGAGUAGUACAAUUGUGACAGGUUUGUGUAUUAGGACUAUUGGGAAACCCGACGACGACGGUAUAGAAACUGUAAACGCGCUCAUUGAAGACUA